AUGGUGCAUGCAAUAAAGCGGUUCCUAGAGUUGCUGUUCCGCUCCUUCAGGCCCCACGCCAGCGCCCCCCGCCCUAAUAGCGCGGCUACCCGGGAGCCCGGCCCCUGGGCGGUGCGUCCCCUCUCCGCCCCGCCCCGUCCCGCGCCCGGUGGAGAGCGCGUGUCUGAGUCACAUGAGCCGUCAGCUCGGGCCCGGCCCCCCAUCGUCCCGCCGUCCCGCCGUCCCGCCGUCCCGGCCGCCCGCCGUCCGCCACAGCGCACCACCCGCCUGCCCGCUCGGUUCAUCCGGCCGCCGCGCCGCGCUGCGCUGCCUGCGCUCAGGGCUCGGGAGGGGGCCGCGCAGGAGCCGCUCCCCGCUCCCGGCCCCCGCCCGCUGCGCCCUGGCCCGCGCAAUGGGACUCGGGCCACUGCCCCCCGCACUGCCGGGCUAGGACAAUGCGGGCGCCUCCGGCGAGCGGCCCCCACGGGCACCAUGCGCCCCCUGCUCUGCCGCCUGCUACUCGCCGCGCUCCUGCAGCUGGCCCCCGCCCAGGCCCCUGCUUCUCAGCAUGACACCCCUGGCCAUCAGAAGAAAGUGGUGUCAUGGAUAGAUGUGUAUUCGCGUGCCACCUGCCAGCCUCGGGAGGUGGUGGUGCCCUUGACUAUGGAGCUCAUGGGUACUGUGGCCAAACAACUGGUGCCCAGCUGCGUGACUGUGCAGCGCUGCGGCGGCUGCUGCCCUGACGAUGGCCUGGAGUGUGUGCCCACUGGGCAGCACCAAGUCCGAAUGCAGAUCCUCAUGAUCCGGUACCCAAGCAGUCAGCUGGGGGAGAUGUCCCUGGAAGAACACAGCCAAUGUGAAUGCAGGCCAAAAAACAGAGAGAGUGCUAUCAAGCCGGACAGGGCUGCCACUCCCCAUCACCGCCCCCAGCCCCGCUCUGUUCCGGGCUGGGACCCUGCCCCCGGAGCACCCUCCCCAGCUGACAUCACCCAUCCCACUCCAGCCCCAGGCCCCUCUGCCCACGUUGCAGCCAGCGCCGCCAGCGCCCUGACCCCCGGACCUGCCACUGCCGCUGCCGACGCAGCUUCCUCCGUUGCCAAGGGCGGGGCUUAGAGCUCAACCCAGACACCUGCAGGUGCCGGAAGCUGCGAAGGUGACACAUUGCUUUUCAGACUGUGGGGCCACUUGCCUCAUACAUCACACCCUAUGGGAGAAGAAAGGGGAACCUGAGAACAGCCCAACCACAGACCUCAGGACCUGGGCCUCUCAGAGGACUCUCCUGCUGUCCUUUGUCUCCUGAGGCUGCCUUCUGACAGAUUUGAGGAGGAGCUGUGGUGUCAGCAUGAGGGGUCAUGUCCCAUGGUAGCGGGGAGCGUGUGCCACCCUGUGACACACCCCAUGAGCAUCUUACAGCUGGCUCCUGCCUCCCCUCCCUAAGAAGACCUCACACCUCUGUGAAUAAUGGGAUUUGGUCUUUGGUCUGGAAACUGAUUCCCCCAACCUUGAUAAAAGAUGGAACGAGCUGUC